UUCGGGUUUCCUUCCAGUCACUAUUGCUACAGCAAACCCACCAAGACCAUUCAUCCCUCGGCUAAGCAACUGCUACAUAUAUACUAGUAGCCUCAUUCCAAGCCUACCAGAACACUCAACACUUUCUCCCCUCCCCCUCCAUCCCAGUCUCGAGACAUAACACCAUCAACAUGGGUCUCCAAGUGAAAAGCAUCACUGCAAUGUACAAUGUCCCCAGAUACGGAGACAUACCCAACAUCUUCUUCGCGGACCUACUAGGAACAAGCAAAAGUGGCGAGAAGAACCCAAUCGUCGGAUCCUGGUUUCGAAUUGAGAAAGGACCUGAAUCUACGCCUCCGACAUAUUCGUAUGACGAGGUUGGGGUGGUCAUUGAGGGGGAAAUCACUCUCCGUGAUGAAACUGGACAGACCGUUACAGUGAGGCCAGGUGAAACAUUCUUCUUCCCGAGGGGCAGUACUAUCACUUUCUCCACGGAUAGUUAUGGGUUGGCGUGGAAGUGUGGGGGUCGUGACAUGGCGAAGCUUUGAUAUGUGUCACUAGAUUAUGAU